UCCGCGCGUCGGCGGCGUCCAGCGACGGAGGGGCAGUCCCAGGCUCGGCGGCGGCGUCGGCGGCUCCCCGCACCUUCUCUCGCCAGUCGCCUCGCGCCCUCGCCUGCGUCCUCCGCGCACCGGCCGACGAUCCUGUAAAGGCACCACAAAUAGCAAUAUGAAGUCUUCGAAAGUUAAGAAAGAAGAAGCUGAUUCUGAUGAUGAUGAUGAUUUCACGCCAAUAUCACAGAAGAAAAGUGCAGGUGCUGCUGGAAGUAAUGCCAAGACAUCCAAGGUUAAGAAAUUAAAAGAUGAAAAUUUGGAAGAUCUCAAGGAGGUUAAGAAAAGGAAGAAACGAGUUGGUGCCAAAGAAGAGGCAAACAUGGCCAUUGUAAAGGCAGAGAAGGUGAAGAAAGAGAGGAAAGUGUAUGAAUUGCCAGGGCAGAAGCACGAUCCUCCUGCAGAAAGGGAUCCAUUGAGGAUAUUCUAUGAAUCACUCUACGAGCAGGUCCCCACCAGUGACAUGGCUGCUACCUGGUUGAUGGAAUGGGGUUUGCUCCCGUUGGAUGUGGCUACAAAAGUUUUUGAGAAGAAACAAGGCCAAAAGUUUAAGUCACCGGUCAAAACAAUUGUGGCGAAGAGAAAGCCUUCUUCUCCAACUCCAACCAAGGCACUGCCUUCAUCCGCAAAGAAGUCAGUUGUGUCUGUAACGAGUGCUGGAAAACAGACGUCUCAAAAGAAGAGGAAGGCAAGUGAUGACACAGAUGACGAUGACGACGACGAUUUCAUGGCUCCUAAGGCAAAGACCAAGAGGCAUAAGGCCUAGUCUUAGCAAUCUCUAUCCUAGUAAUGAGGCGUGUUCUUCAGACAAUUUCUAGAUCAGGGAUAACCUUCGGAGGUGAUGAGAUGGUUGUUUCUUCCAUUGGUUUGCUCCUUUGGAGCAGAACUAAUUCUGUGAAGUGGCGUGCUGUAUCAAGAAGUACCACUUGUUGAACUCAAGCGUGUUUUCUCAUCUGGAAUGAAGGGAAGUUCCUGCAAA